GUUGAUAAGAACUGCAUCCCUUCUUGAGCGCUGAUGGCAGAGUAAACUCCACUGGGCAGCCCCAUGGGUGGGUAUGAGGCGGUAUGAGGAAGUGGAUGUCGUGAAGGCAGCUGAGGUGUAUUUCAAGAAGUUUGACAUCCGCUCUUUGCUGACGGAGAUCCUCAUAAAGCUUGGGCGUGAGCAGCCGCAGGAUCCCGUAAAUGCUAUCCGAGCUCAAUUGGAUGCAAAACUUGCCAAACAGGAUCGAACAGGGCCACAUGACAUUGAACAUUUGCCCAGCUGUUCGUCACCUGUGGUGCCGGAUGCAGAUGAAGAACAUGAUGCUGAUGACACCUUACUUCAGGUUGGGCUCAUAUGUUUCUUGCGCUUAAACUUGUCCAAACAGCUGCCAUUCUAAUUUGUUUUGUUUUUUCUUUUAGCGAGGGGGCACCUUUGUCUCCUCCACGGACCGUAUUUGCGCAUGGGCCAGCCGGCACAGUGUUCCAGUGUAUGUCAAGACUCCGAGAUUGGGGUGCAGCUGUGCUCUCGCUGUGGUGUUCUUGCGUGCUCUGGAGCCAAAAGGCAAUUCUUUGUAGCAGGAUCAGGCUCCAUGUGUUGGUGUUGGAGCUAUUGGGUCCGGGUAUAUAGAUUUUGCUGACAGUGCUGACUUUGUGGCAGGCGUAGAACUUGUGAGAUCCUGACUAGCUGCGCUGCCGACUAGCUCAGAUUACAAUUACAAUUUGUGGCCUGUGAGGACACCAUUGAGUUAGUCUCGCACCUGGCACAAUCCCGCCGCCACCACGCGACCACCGUGCCACCAUGUACCGCGACUAAGCACGACUGCCAGCACCAGCGGCACCAGUACCGAUUUCGUUCCAAUGUCUAAGUAGACCUGCUGCAACUUCUUAUUUAUGAGAACUUUCCCGCCAAGGGGAAUGCUGGCGAAAAUCUUUCCAGACGCAUGGCGUGGGCUGGAGGCUUCAAUCGAAGCGUGAUGGAGAAUUGGGUGCCUCAACCCUCUCCGUGUUGCGCAUGCGCUUCUGUUGCUGGAGCUUUCAAUGCAUUGUGGCAGCUUGAGAGGGCUUCACCAAACUCUUGUGCAAUUAGGGAGGUGGCAGACUUAAUGGCAGCAAAUUGUGAACAGUUGCAGCUGCAGAAGCAGCAGCGCCUAGAGAGGCUCCUCAGCCUUCCAGAGGGCGCCUUUGAAGAAUUCUAUGAUUCCUUGGAUGAAGAACUGCAAAGGAAAGGGCUGAGCUGGACAGGCAGAGGCGCCAAGGGCGUGACGAAGGCCACAGCCAUCUCAACUGCGAGACAGGUAGCGAACCAGUUUGGCCAAUCUCCCAGCUGUUUUGAUGAUGGAUUUUGUCAAAAAGCCAGUGCAGUGAUGGCAGUGAGCGAGCCAGGAUGCAAAGACCAAAGUCAUGAAGCCUUGUCACCAGAGACCCUACCACCAGCUGCUCGUCAGGCCUUGCCGUCAGGCAGAUCAGACAUUUUUGAGGCAUUGCGCGAAGUGCUUGGUGAAGACAAUGCGCAGGCACCUGGCGAAGCUGAAGAGAACGAGGAGCAAGAAGAAAUACACCUUUUGCCUCAUGAAGGUUUGAACUGGAAGAAAGAGCUGUCAGAGUUGCUUUCAAAGCGACAAGGCGUUCUCAGGCUGCGGGCGGAGCGGCCAAAUACUGCAGAUGUUGGAAGCUUUGGCGUGCGGCAAGCGGCAGAACAAUUGGCCAUUGCGCGAAAGACGGAGCCGAUCAAAGUUACCACUCUGCUGGCCCGAAAGGGCAGUGUGAAGUCCAUCGGAGCUCCGUUGACCAAAUCUGACACAGAGGCAGAGGUGCACAAGCAGUGGUGUCUUUUGAAGACGGCAUUCAGUACACCAAGCUGCGUUCUCCUUUUCCAUUUGACCAACCAUUAUGCGCUGGUGUUCGCAUGGCGGGAGUGGCAGGAUGCCCAGGACACUGAGCAUGCCCCUUGCCUCCGCCGGCAGAUCUUGACGGCGCGGCGUGGGCAACGGCCUGGCGCAUGGAUGGACUUCGAGGAGGUUAGGAGGAUCUUGCUGGGUUGGACAGGGUAUCAUUUGCUGUCGCUACGGCGAGUUAGAAGCUCCGAGCCAGCCCGUGAAGUGGCGGGAAGUUUAUGUCAGGACCCGCCUUCCGCGCAAUAGUGUAGUGGCAAGAUUUUGCCAUUCGGGCUUGAAUCGCACCCGCAGAGGUCCUGGUGCACUUUGAUCACCGAAUUCAUGGACCAUGGAUUCUAAAAAAUGCGGCGGAUGCUGCCGUCUGACAUGAGAAAUGCCAUUGCCGGUAGUCUUGCAUGUAACUGCCGUUCCUAGCUCCUAUUUGAAGCGCUCAUGCCAGGGCGGAACAGCAGGAGUUGAAGGACAGUGUAGCGAAG